AUGGCCAAGCCUCCCGCCAGGCUGGCCGCCAGCCCGGCCAGCGUCACGCCCCCGUUGGGCGCCAAGCCGGUGCCGUUCCUGGCCGCGGUAGGGCUGGGCCUGGCGCUGCGCUUCCUGGUGCCCAUCCCGGCAGGAAUCACGGUACAGGCCUGGACCCUGCUGUCCAUCUUUGUCAGUACCAUAGCAGGCCUGGUUCUGGAGCCGCUGCCCGUGGGCGCCUGGGCCUUCCUGUCCGUCUCCACCGCCAUCGCCACCAAGACCCUCACCUUCCCCGCCGCCUUCUGCGCGUUCACAAAUGAUGUCAUCUGGCUCAUCGUGGUCUCCUUCUUCUUCGCCAGGGGCUUUGAGAAGACGGGCCUGGGACAGCGGGUGGCCACCCUGUUUGUGAAGCUGUUUGGCAAGAGCACGCUGGGGCUGGCGUACGGGCUGUCCGUGGCCGAGGCACUGAUUGCUCCCGCCAUGCCCUCCACCACCGCCCGCGCCGGCGGCAUCUUCAUGCCCAUCAUCAACUCCCUCUCCCUCAGCGCCGGCAGCAAGCCAAACGACCCGUCCCGCAAGAAGCUGGGCGCCUUCCUGGUGCAGUCGCAGCUGCAGGGCUCCGUCAACUCCUCCGCCAUGUUCCUCACCGCCGCCGCGCAGAACCUGCUGUGCAUGAAGCUGGCCGCGGAGAUGGGGGCCUCCAUCGUGCCCGCGCUGUGCGGCCUGCUGCUCACCCCGCUGCUCAUGUACAAGCUCUUCCCCCCCGAGAUCAAGGACACGCCAGAGGCGCCUAAGCUUGCCGACGAGCGGCUGGUGGCGAUGGGCCCCAUGUCUCGGGACGAGCGCAUCAUGCUGGGGACCAUGGCGGCAGCGGUGUGCCUGUGGGUGGCCGGCGACAUGCUGGGCAUCUCCGCCGUCACCACCGCCAUGCUGGGCCUGUGCGUGCUGCUGGGCAGCGGCGUGCUGCAGUGGCGCGAGUGCCUGGCCUACCCCGCGGCCUGGGACACGCUCUUCUGGUUUGCCGUGCUGGUGGGCAUGUCUGGGCAGCUCAACAACCUGGGAGUGAUCACCCACUUUGCCAGCCAGGUGGGCAACCAGCUGGUGGCCGCCAACCUGGGCUGGCCCGCCGUGUUUGGCCUGCUCAACGUGGCCUACUACGCGCUCCACUACAUGUUUGCGUCCCAGACGGCGCACGUGGGCGCCCUGUACUCGGCCUUUUUGGCGAUGAUGCUGGCCACAGGCGUGCCGCCCGUCAUCGCCGCCCUGUCCCUGGGCUUCAUGAGCAACCUCUUUGGCUCCAUCACACACUUCGGCUCCGGCCAGGCGGCAGUCUACUACGGCGCAGGCUACCUGACUCUGAAGGAGGUGUUCAGCUACGGCGCCCUGAUGAGCGUGGUUAACCUCACUCUGUGGGGCGUGGUGGGCGGCGCGUGGUGGAAAGUGCUGGGCCUCUUCUGAUGCGGCCCCACAGGCCGGCUUGGUAGCCCUCCACUCGCCCGCACACAGCAGGCGGUGGCGGGUGAUGCCUCCCGACCGCGUGCGGCGGCCUCCCGCUGCCAACCAACCAACACUGCAAUGCCUCUGCUUCCUUGUCCCUGCCCCCUGCCUCUGUCCUGCUCUUCGUUGCUGCCUGAGCUGCAUUGGCCCGGCUAGCUCGCCACGUGCUCUGUGACCGUCACACAUCC